AUGUCCAGCAGCCCUACUGAGUCCUCCAGAUUCAAUUUGAGUCCGGUUGGCACUCUUGAGCAGCUGGACGCCCUCACUAACGCCCUGAGCGAAGAAACUUAUCGGCGCCAACUGGUAUUUAUGUAACUUAUUUGUUUAUUACUUUGCUAGGUGACGUAUCUAAGCACGCUUGGUGGGGACACCGUUGUGCCUUUCGUUGACAGAGUGUUCGGAGCGCUGUUCUCCGAGGACAUUACCUCCUUUGUCACCUUUUUAUGGGCGACGACAAGGAAAGAGGCCGUUCUUCGGAACGCCUCUGUACAGUCUGGUUCUAAGUAAGACUUGCACUGAAUGUAUGCUUAUGCUUUUUAUUAUAGAGGUCUUCGACCACUGGAAUCGAGGACAGCGCUUCGACCGUCACCAGUUGGAGAGGGCAAUAAAAAACGCCUUCAAGAGGGCGUAUGA